AUGUGUGGGGUAAGAGGUAUACGUGAUAUUUGUAAGUCAUUAUAUGGUAGACAUGAAAUAUCAACCGAAAGUGAGUUUAAACAACCAUUUUCGAGUGAAAGAGCAGCAAAAAAAGCUAUUACAAAAUGGCGAUUUCGACGUACUAAACCAAUUAUGACUGUUGACGAUUUUAAUAAAUAUCAGAAUUUAUUAAAGAAGAAACUAGAAUUAGCAGCACAAGCAUCUGAGGAUGACGAGACUCAAGAUAUUUAUUCGGAUGACCUUACUGGAGUGGAUCAACCCUUAUCUAUGAGAAAAAAAUUUGUACAUGAACACUUUCAAGGUGCAAUAUGGUAG